AUGGCUGACCUAACCCUUGCGACACCUGCGGCGCCGUCCUCGGCGGAACCAAACAUGAAUGACAUACACGGCGAUGUCGCAUACGACGGACUUAUGCUCGACGAGGAUGAUCCAAGACGCGUCCAUGAGAACCCGGUAAACAAAAUGGUAUCCGGGCCCUACUUUAGGAAGUUGACAACCCCAGGCGGAUCUGUCUACGGCGGUGUGCUCAAGGAAGGGACGAAACAUUAUGACAAAAUACUUGCUGAACUGCAAGAUCAAUAUGGCGACAUCACCAACCGAGGAGUCAACGAGGCAGCUGUCGAGGAAUUGCUCCGGUACGCUGUCAGCGGGCUUACAGCCUGCAAAGAAAACGACGACCGUGUCGAGGAAGACAUAAAGGAACUCGUUGCCCAACGAGAGGUUGAAUUGAAAGUGGAGGAGAAAUCCCGCGCACAACGGGCGGCGAAACAAGCCAAAAAAGAAGAGAACGGUCUCCCUCGAUCAAUCAAUGAAGCUCCUCAGAUGAAACCAGUCGAAGAGGAUAUCCAGGAUGAGCAGGCUCUAUUGAGCAGAAAACGAAAGGAACGGGAGUUUGAAGACGGUGAGACUGACGAAAGUAAAUCCAAAGUCAGAGCAAUAGAUGGCCAGGAGAAUGGCAUACAUUCGAGGUCCUCUCCACAACCUAGUCCCAAAAACGAUACCCUACGAGCGCCGCUGGAAAAGGGGCGUUUCGACGAUGCAAUGGAUGAAACAGAAGGCUAA